AUGGCUCCUGGAGAAAAUGAAAGGGAGGCGGGGCCCGCCAAGAGUGCCCUCCGGAAGGUACGCACAGCAACCCUGGUUAUCAACUUGGCUCGCGGUUGGCAGCAGUGGGCAAAUGAGAAUAGCACCAGGCAGGCCCAGGAGCCUGCAGGCUGGCUGCCUGGAGCGACCAACGACCCACCGCACACUCCUAAGCCAGUAGCAUGCCCCAGUCCUCACCAGCAUGCCCCCGAACCUCCAUCUCCAAAGCCAGAUGGACAUGGAAGUGGACAACCCUCAGAGGACGCCUCUGAGGUCUCCUGCAUCAAGAGAAAAGAGGUGACCAAAACAGUUGUCAGCAAGGCUUAUGAGAGAGGAGGAGAUAUGAACUACCUGAGCCACAGGUAUGAGAACGACGGGGGUCCGUCUGAAGCUGUUCAGCCGGAGAACGACAUUGACAGGCUCCUCCUCAGCCGUGAGUCGCCAACACGGAGAAGAAAAUGCACUAACCUGGUGUCCGAGCUGACCCAAGGCUGGAAAGUGAUGGAACAGGACGAACCCUCGUGGAAGAGUGACAGCAUAGACACGGAGGACAGUGGCUACGGAGGGGACACGGAGGAGAGACCCGAACAGGAGGCGGUGCCAGUGACUGCUGCCAGGAUCAAGCGCCCCUUGCCCUCCCAGGCGAACAGAUACACAGAGACACUCAACUGUAAGGCCCACCGGAAAUACAGCCAAGUGGACAGCCUGAAAGGGAGGUGGCAGCAGUGGGCCAAUGAACACAUACAGUCGCAGAAACUCAAUCCCUUCAGUGAUGAAUUUGACUAUGACCUGGCCAUGUCCACUCGGCUUCACAAGGGAGACGAGGGCUACGGCCGUCCCAAGGAGGGAAGCAAGACAGCCGAGAGGGCCAAGCGAGCCGAGGAACACAUCUAUCGGGAAAUCAUGGAGCUGUGCUUCGUUAUCCGCACGAUGGCUCGCCACAGACGAGAUGGCAAGGUCCAGGUGACCUUCGGAGAACUCUUUGAUAGAUAUGUUCGCAUUUCAGAUAAAGUGGUGGGCAUCCUCAUGCGUGCUAGGAAACACGGACUGGUGCACUUUGAAGGGGAGAUGCUAUGGCAAGGCAGAGACGACCACGUUCUGAUUACUCUCCUUGAGUAA